UAAUAAAUUAGUACAUCCCACAGCCUUACUCGUUCCUCCACUGAUAAAGGGAGCGAGCAAGAAGCAUAGGUCAGGAAUCAGGAGAGGAGCUUCCAGAUUUUUUAGUUUUCGCUGCUCUGUUCUGUCAACAUGGAGAGGAAGGUCACGGUGGCGAUGACGUUGGUCGCGUGCUUGCUCGCUGCCGGCGUGGGGUUGUCGGAGGCCGCAGUGUACCUGGUGGGAGAUUCCGCGGGGUGGACUAUCAUGGGAAGCCCUAACUACACUGCUUGGGUCUCAGACAAGAUCUUCCAUGUGGGAGAUGUUAUCAUGUUCACCUACAACAAGAAUUUUCACAAUGUGUUGGAGGUGCGCAAGACGGAGUACAGCUCAUGCAACGCGUCGACUCCCAUUGCCACCCACAACUCCGGCAAUGACUCCAUCGUCAUCAAGAGCAAGGGCCACCGCUACUUCUUCUGUGGCAUCCCCGGCCACUGCGCCCUCGGCCAGCGGGUGGACAUCAAAGUCUCAGGUCCAUCCUCCUCUGCUGCCCUUUCCAUCCCCCCUACUGCGUCGGCUCCUUACGUCGCCCCGUCGGUUUCUCCGACAUCCGGCGGUGCCAGUGGAGCCGUUUCCACUCCGGCAGGCGCCCCGAUUAAUCCUAGCGCAGGAGCAAGACUCGCUCCCAAGGUGCUCGCUGUCACUGUCGCUGUGUUUUCCUUCGCCACUAUCUCUGCGUCUGGUGGCCUGCAGCAUUAUUAGUUAAACCCGAGGAGUUUUCAUGGGGACUGUUAUGGUCAUUUUGGGGGCCUAAAUGGUAGACCAUCUUUUAUUUCGGUUCACGCUGUUUGUGUGUUCUUUGAAAUUUGGUUCUUAAACGUUUGAGAAUCCUUAGUCAUGUGGCUGUGAUGGUUGCUUAUUUUAUUUUA